AUGGGAAAGAAGCAGAAUGGAAAGGGUGAAAUGGUCGAAGAGGCAGAGCCUGAAGAAUUUGUGGUGGAAAAAGUACUGGAUCAACAAGUAGUAAAUGGGAAGGUGGAGUAUUCCGUGAAGUGGAAGGGAUUUACAGGUGCUGACAAUACUUGGGAACAUGAAGAAAAUUUAGAUUGUAUAGAGUUAAUUGAACUAUUUCUUUAUUCUCAAAAACCUGGUAAAGUAAAAGAUGGUACAAAAAUGAAAUCGUUAUCUGACAGUGAAUCCAAUGAUAGCAAAUCAAAGAAGAAAAGAGAUACUGCUGUGAAACCAAGAGGCUUUGCCAGAGGUCUUGACCCUGGAAGAAUAAUUGGUGCCACAGACAGCAGUGGACAAUUAGUGUUUCGGAUGAAAUGGAAAGAUUCAGAUGAGGCAGAUUUGGUGUGGGCAAAAGAGGUACGUAUGAAGUGUCCUCAAUUUGUUAGUGCUUUUUAUGAAGCGAGGCUAACUUGGCAUUCUUUUCCAGAAGAUAAAGCUCGAUAA